AUCGUGAUCUCACUCUGCAUAUAAAACGGAAGAAACAUGAUAUUCGAUUUCGAUAAGGAAAAGAAAAAAGUAUGCAACAACGUAUGAAAAGUAUACGUGACAGAUAAAAGAUUUUCAUCCUUGAUGAUAGUAUACACGAAGCAAAAAGUGAUUGUGAGAUAAUAAGUCUACAUCGUCAAAAUUUGUUGUCAAUUCUGUCGAACAAAAAAUUAAACUGUCUUUAAUCUCAAUGCAAAUGAUAUGGCUAAUAUAUUAGAAAUACAUAUUUCUUAUCUCCUUCUUAAAAAUCGGUGAAAUUUAGAGUAACACGUAUUCUGACAGCAACUUAAAAAAAAUGUGAUGAUGGGGAGAAAGAUCAGUGCCAGAUUGGACGUACAAAAUGUGAUCAUGUAAACGCAAUGUACGAUUAUGCGAGCAUUCUAAGGUCAGAAUGAUUGUCGCAAAAAAUUAGCGGAACAUGCUCGUCUGUUUGUGCCAUUUUUGUUAAAUGAUAAGUCAUGCCUGGAGAACCAUCAGCGACAACUGGAAAUAAAUCCAGUGGCAAGGCAAAGAGGAUUUCCAUACCUCGUGUGCAAAGCAGUACCGACACAGAGUUACAGUCGCAACAGAGUGGUUCAACUCCCUUGCAACCAACUGCAUUGCACUAUGUUAGCUUCCGUUCAGAGUUAGAGGACAGCCCUAUUCCUCCAACUUUGCGAUGUCGUUUAUAUGAUCUCUUUCAACAAAUUGAAAAGGAAUUUGAAAUGUUGUAUACUGAAAAUAUUGGAUUACAAGAGAAGAUUGAUGUCCUAAAUGAUCGACUUGAAAGAGAAUGUUAUGGAUCAGGUGAACGCAGUUUACCUCCUGGAGAUCUUACAGAUUAUCCAGAAACGAAAAAUCUUUCUAAACAGAAAUCAAUGGGUGCAAACUCAGUGCAAAAGAUUAAAACUUCUCAUAAAUUAAAAGCACAGACCAGUAAAAUAGUAUCGAGCUUUAAAACUCCAUCUAUGACUUGCACCAUGCAAAGAGAAUAUAUAGGUCACCGAGAUGGUGUAUGGGAAAUAUCUGUGAGCAGAUCGGGACAGCCUAUCAUAGCAACUGCUUCUGCCGAUCAUACAGCACGUAUAUGGGCGAUAGACAGCAGCCGGUGUUUGUUGCAAUAUAUUGGUCACAGCGGAUCCGUCAAUUCAGUACGAUUCCACCCGAACCGAGAAUUGGCAUUAUCAGCAAGUGGUGAUGGUUCCGCUCACGUAUGGCAGGCAGCUGUCGAUUGGGACAUGACGAAAAGAGUAUCAUCAUUAGAAGAACUUCCAGUAGCUAGCUCUGAACGAUCUACGAAUAAUCUAAUUAGUAAUAAUGACGAGCAAGAGGAUCCUCCGACUUUGAGAACACCAAUACGAGAAUUGUUAGGCCAUUCGAGCGUUGUAAUGGCCGCAGAUUGGCUCUCCGGCGCCGAACAAUUGGUUACAGCCUCUUGGGAUAGAACAGCGAAUUUAUAUGAUACGGAAACCGGAGAAAUUAUACACACAUUGUGCGGACACGAUCAAGAAUUGACUCAUGUAUCGACUCAUCAUACGCAAAGAUUGUGCGUUACGUCCAGCAGGGACAACACGUUCCGAUUAUGGGAUUUUAGAGAACCGAUACAUUCGGUUUCGGUAUUUCAAGGACAUACAGAAACAGUAACAUCUGCAAUCUUCACAAGGGAAGAUAAAAUUGUAUCUGGUUCAGAUGACAGAAGUGUAAAAGUAUGGGAAUUACGUAACAUACGCAGUCCCUUAGCAACAAUACGCGGAGAUAGCGCUGCUAAUAGACUAUCAGUUUCUAGUACUGGAAUAGUGGCAAUACCACAUGAUAAUAGACAGAUACGUUUAUUUGAUUUAAGUGGUCAACGUCUAGCAAGAUUACCUAGAACUAGUAGACAGGGUCAUCGCAGAAUGGUGUGUUCUGUUGCUUGGUUGGAAGAUAAUAAUGUGUGUAAUUUAUUUUCUUGCGGUUUUGAUAGAUUAGUAUUAGGUUGGAGUGUUCUUCCAGUAAAAGAUGCUUAAACAUCAAAAACUAUAUGGUUUUACAUCAGAUACUUUAUGUCAUGUUAAUGUGAUAUUGGGAAUAUUUAGGUGCAAUUUAGAAAUGGAAGUACAUAUGUAACUAUACAACAAAAAUCCAGCAAUUAAUCCAAUCAAAGAGCCUCCCUUUCCACUCUUGCAGACAACUGCAAUAAAUAACCAAAAUAUAUAUUAUAUAUACUAUAUUUAAACAAUUUAUCAAAGAGAUAUUAAAUUAUAAAUAGAAUGUGCGAUUUUAAAAUUGCAAUAAAAACUGUGAAUGUCUUAUGUAAA